GGUCCAGACCCUUCCACCUGUGUCAAGUGAAAGAUGACCUCUAAAUUCGGUCCUCCUGCAUACUUAGGGUCUAUGAUUGAGGCUGAUCAGAGUAUCUACGUAUGUCGACCUCACCGAAUAUGUCGGCCAACAGUCUUUUAAUCUACACACAUCCUCGAACUCGUAUGUUACGGAAAGAGGAUGAUCUUUCAAUGAUACGGUCAUGAUGAAGAAAGUUGAGCAUGGGGAAUUGUUGCAGCAGUAGUUUUCCAGAAGAACAGCUACCUCGUCCCCCGCCGGGACGUAGAGGUUAUCCUGUAGGCAAUACUCAUAAUGUUUACCAUACAAAUCCUGUAUUGGAAUUACUUGAAGAAGAGUACCAAAGUAAGAGAAAUUUUGAAUCAGAAACGAAAGGCAGAUCUAGGGGCAAGAGAUACGACCGAGAUAGAGAUAUUGGCCCCAGGCGAAAGAAAGAAUGGGAAAGUCGCAGCAAAAGUCGCUCUGGAACUCGUCAAAGAAGUGCUCGAAGUGGUAAGAAAUCGCGCGCAAUCCGUGCCAAAAACUCCCGCAGGAGACCUCAAACGAGUAGGAGGAGGCGGAGAGACUUUAGCGAAGAUGAAGACGAAGAUGAAGAUGAAGAAGAUGGCAGUGAUAGCGACGGCAGUGAAUUCGAUUCUAAUGACGAUGAUGAUGAAUCUGGUAGCGACAGUGAUGGUGACAGUGAUUCUGAGAUCUAUCGCCGGAAGAUGUCCAAGUCUGUCAAGAGUCGGCGAAAGGAGCAAACACGAAACAAACGACCUGGAAAAAGAGGCAAGGUGAUCGAUGAGGAUGAUGAUGAUGAUGACUACGAUGAGUUUUUGGAAGAGGAGGAAGACGGCGAUGAUGAAGAGGACUAUAAACAUAACAACAAGCAGAAGAGCAAGAGAAAGAAGAGUAAGAGCAAACCAAACACCAAAGAAGUCCCAAAGAAUAGAGCAAAGGGCAAAAUCAAGCCAAAAUCGAAGGCCAAAAAGGUGAAGGAGGAUGAUAAAAUUGCUUUAUUAGAGAGUGAGGAAGAUGAGAAUGAUGUCGAUAAUGACGAUGCGGAAGACGAGGAUGAACAAGAAGAAGCAGACAAUUAUCCUCAGAGCAAAAAUUACAAAGCAGAAGGAAAAGGAAAAGAACCAGAAAAGCCGAAUCCUUACCGGUGGACAAACUCCUCACAAAUAUUCGACAAGAACAAGAGUAGCAUUUACCAAAGAGCCAGAGCAAGAGGGUCGGAUCGCGAAUCAAUUCGUCAACUCGAAAUCCAACGUCAUCGUAAAAGGCGAGAGCGAGAAUCGUCAUCUAAAACCUCUAAAAAAUCUAUCUCGGAAAGCCCCGGCGAUGAUGAUUGGACUGACACAGACGCAUCUUCAAUCGCACCCUCUAAACGAUCCGGCAGUACUUCAUCUCGUCUAUCCUCGUUAUUUGGCUCACGAAACAGAAGUUUAACACCGGAACCGACUUCCCAUUUGAUGUCUCCCAUAUCACCACUCACUCGGCCCUCCAUCUCAUCGAAAGCUGGAGAAACCACGUUUGGCGUCUCUGUGAUCAAGGCAUCUCCACUACAAGAGAUCGUUUCUGCAGACUCGUUACCAGCAAAUCCUGAGCCAAAAGACGCUAUCUUAACACCUCCUCCAGCGGUUCAUCAACGGCCAGCCUCACCUCUCACCAAAGCAGCUGAGCCAUGCCCGGAGGGAAUGAAGAAAGUCAUUUUCAUGAGUCGCGGUAAGAGAAGCUCUGUAAAAUUAGUACCUUCAGAUGGAAAGGCUACUGAUGAUGUUGAGAUUAUUCUUACCAGAUGAGGAAUUCUUGGUAGGUGAAACACAGUGAAGUAUCGUCUUAUUCGAAGAUGGUCUCAAUUCAUGCCCCUUUUGUCGGUCUUUUCCUUUGAGAGAAGAGCAGUUAGUUUGUCGGGGGUGGAAUGAAUGGUGCAGAAAAGGAACAACAGUAUAGUUAAUGGCAGGGGUUGCGAAUUGGAGUUUGGGUUUGAGUUUAAUCUUCGUAUCUACCCUUUGCAUAUAUUGUACAACAUCAAUUACACAUUUGUUCAAGUCUACUAGGCGUCUCUUAUCCAAUUUGUAGAGCCGCUAGGCUUUCACGAGAUUGAUGAAAUAAAUCGUGCAACA